GGACGUAGGACUUUGUCGCUAGAGUGAAGAUACAGGUGGUUCUGAGAACAGUCUUUGAAGCAUUUUUGGACCAACAUCUCUGCCAAAUGAACGCGCGGUGACGGUACAGAAAAACGGCUCCGUGCGCGUGCUUGUGAACAUGAUGAAGGGCCUUUUGUCGGCGUUCCUGGUCCUGGCGGCCGUCUCCACCGGGCUGGGGAAACCGGAGACUAAGACGAAGAAGGAGAAGCGCAUUCCUCAAACUCUCUCUAGAGGUUGGGGUGACGAGCUGAUGUGGACUCAGACAUACGAAGAGGCGCUGUACAAAGCCAAAUCCAGCAACAAGCCCCUGAUGGUCAUCUUUCACCUGGAGGACUGUCCGCACAGCCUGGCUCUUAAGAAGGCUGUUGCCAACAGCAAAGAGAUCCAGAAGUUGGCGGAUGACGACUUCAUCCUUCUCAACCUCGUGUAUGAAACCACAGAUAAGCAUCUCUCUCCAGACGGUCAAUAUGUACCCAGGAUCCUGUUUGUCGAUCCAUCUAUGACGGUCAGAGCUGACAUCACAGGGAGAUAUUCCAACCGCAUGUACGCGUACGAGCCCUCAGACGUCAACCUGAUGAUCAGCAACAUGCAGAAGGCCAAGCAGCUGCUGAAGGGUGAACUUUGAGGACUGGACGGAGUCUUGCGACCUUUGACAUGCGCCCUUUGACUGUCCAAGAGGGGGGGGGCAGAGUUAUGACGUCAUAAUUGUGUUCUGAUGAGAACCUCACAGGGCAGGACUCUCUCUCUCUGUAUCUUCGCUUUUGCCUCGUGUUUUUUUUUGUUGUUGUAGUUUUUAUUGCCAAGAAUCCUGUUGUCUUUUUAAUAAACACAGCUGCAUUCAAAAAUA